UCAACCAUACCUGCUGCACGCCGCAUACUAAAAACUCAAGGGCUGUUCUGAGCUCGUAGGAUUUUGAAUUGGGGGUCAAAAAAAUCGUAUCCUCGCUCCUCCUCCUCCUCCUCCUCCUCGCGUCCUACUUCCUUGCAUCCUUGCUUCCCGGCUUCCUCAAGCGUUCAUUGACGGAUGUGGCCAUUGACUGGCCGUAUUAUGUCGGCUGAAUGAGGCUAGACCACCUGCAUACAUCAAAAGGAAUAUCGUAUAACAUUGAAAACAACAUAUAUUUUUGGUCUUUUUCGCACCAGAAGGCAGUUUUUUCUAUGCAGAUUUGAAUGCAAGCUGCCUGUGGAGCAUGGGUACGACGGCCAGCGCAGCGCCACAAAGCGUUUCUUCGGCCCUUAGCGACAGUCACCACAGCAACGACAUGACGGACAGCCGGUCUCUAAGCUCCUCCCCCUUCCACACCGUCAGCAUCCACUCCGGGAAAGCCAAGUCCAUCAUCACCAACAAAGUGGCUCCUGUGGUCAUCACGUAUAACUGCAGACAGGAGUUCCAGAUUCACGAUGAAAUCCUCAAAACAAACUACAAAGUGGGACGGAUCUCGGACACGAUGCCUGAACAUUACCUGGUGCAGGGGGAGUACUUCAUGGUGCAGGAUGUAUUUUCUAAAGCAGACGUCCUCAAAACCACAGCGACUUUCGGAGCCCCAAACUUCCGACAGGUCCAAGGAUCGUACCCCCUGUUUGGAAUGGGCCAACCCAGUUUAAACGGAUUCAGACAGGUCCUACAGAGGCUCCAGGCUCAAGGGCACCAGGAGGUGAUUUUCCUGUGCGUGAGAGAGGAGCCGGUGCUGUUCCUUCAUAAAGACGAGGACUUUGUGCCGUACACUCCGAGGAAAAAGGAAAACCUCCACGAAAACCUGCACGGACUCAACAAGAACGAGCCCGUGGAGAGUCUGGAGAGCACCAUACGCAAAGAGCUCCACGACUUUGCCAAACUGAAUGAAAACGUGUUCUUUGUUUACAACGACAUCGAGUUUUUCAGAGACGAACCUCAGAAAAUCUCCAUCUCGUGUGAAGAGGACAUCCACGUGACCGAGGAGGUGUACAAGAGACCGCUGUUCACCAUGCCCAAGUACAGGUACCACAGAUUACCUCUGCCCUCUGAGGGAGCGCCACUGGAGGAGGAGUUUGACGCGUUUGUGAAAAUACUCAGGGAGAGCCCGAGCCUGUCCCCCCUCUCCAGAUGCAGCGGUCCCCCGUCUCUGCCCGCCCUCGUCUUCAGCUGUCAGGUCGGAGUCGGUCGGACGAACCUGGGGCUGAUCCUGGGAGCUCUGAUCAUGAACCGACUCACGGCAAACGCACAAAAUAACACUGAAGCGGACACGAAUGGCGCUUCAGAGACUAAACCACUGUUUCAGGUCGUUCAGAAUCUCAUCAACAAACUGCCCAACGGACAGCAGCUCAUGCAAGAGGUGGACCGCGCCAUCAGCCUGUGUUCAGAAAUGCACAAUAUAAAAGAAGCUAUUUACGAAAACAAGAGUAAACUGGAGGGAAUCGGAGAAGACUAUCAGAUACAGGGAAGCAGCACUAAAGAUUAUUUUCUAAAGAGAACGAUGCAGAGUCUGGAGAGAUACUUUUAUUUGAUCGUAUUCAACGCGUAUCUACACGAACAGUUCCCCAUCGGUCUGCUGAGCUCCUUCAGUCAGUGGAUGUGCUCCCACUCCUGGAUCUACCGACUUUUAUCAAACAUGAAUUUAUCUGAACUCACUGUUUCUCCAGAACUCAUCACCAAAGGAGCAAGAGUCCUGGUUUCAGACGAGUACUUGGCUCCAGAUCUGCUGAGCACCGUCAAAGAGAUGAAGGCCGCCAACUUCAGACGAGUGCCCAAAAUGCCCGUCUACGGCAUGUCCCAGCCCAACACCGAGGCGUCUGCGUCCGUCCUGUCUCACCUCACGGACGAGAAGAGGAAACACAAACACAUUCUGUGGGUGAAUCUUCAGGAGGAGCUGGUCCUGGAGGCGAACGCUCAGAUCUACUCCGUCAGAGAACCGACCAACGUGGACCAGAAGAUCACCGUCCCGUCUACUGACCCUCAACUACUGCAGAAGCUGGAGUCGUGUCUGAAGGAGGAGAUCCUGGGAGCUCAGAAGUGGCUGGAGGUGACGAUGGAGCAGGACAAACAGAUGAAGAUGUUUAAAAACGUCAAAACCGUUCAGGAAAUUUUCAGCGAACACAAAAAGAGUCAUCAGGGCCUGGUGUACAGACGCGUCCCUCUGCCCGAGUACAGCGCGCCCCGGGAGGAGGAUUUUGACAAACUUCUGGAGUCGAUGAAAAGUGCUUUGGCUGAAGAUUCCCACUCGGCGUUUGUGUUUAACUGUUCAAACGGAAAAGGACGAACCACCACAGCCUCGGUGAUCGCCGUCCUCACACUCUGGAACUUUAAUGGUUUUCCGGAGAUCACAGACGAUGAGAUUGUGAGUGUUCCUGACGCCAAGUACACAAAAGGAGAAUUUGAGGUGGUGAUGCGGCUGGUGCGGCUGCUUCCUGACGGACACAGGAUGAAGAGGGAGGUGGACAUGGCCCUGGACUCAGUCAGUGAAACUAUGACCCCGAUGCACUAUCACCUGAGAGAGGUCAUCAUCUGCACGUACAGACAGAUCAAAAGUGCAAAGUGCGAGCAGGAGGCCGAGGAGCUGCUGUUGCGGAGUCUGCAGUAUUUGGAGAGAUACGUUUACCUCAUUCUGUUCAACACCUACCUGCACCUGGAGAAGAAGGACUCAUGGGGGCGCUCUUUCACGCAGUGGAUGGAGCAGGUGGCAGCCAGAGCCGGAGUUUACGACGUCCUCGACGGUUUGGGCUUUUCCGAGUUCGAAAACCCUCGGGACACGGCGCUGGCCCGGCUCCGUCACCGAUGGCAACGGCAGGAAGUGCAGCCGCUUCCUGUGAGAGGCCAGUUCAUCUGAGAAGAAGAGAGGGAAGAAGAAGAAGAAGAAGAGAGGAGA